UACAAACCCUCCUUUCAUUGCAUCUCACAGAUGGACAUUAAACACAUCAUAGAAAUACAUAGGAAUGAAUCAAACGUUAUUUUAUCGCAGAAAUCUGGCAUCUGAAGACAAAGCUAAUCAUGCCUCUGUUGUAGCAUUCCUUUAAUUUUCAGCAUGUAUUUUACUCAUGCCAGUUUGUAUAGGACUGUUUAGCAAUACAGUAAAACAUUUUUAUUAUUAAGCAUAGAAAUAAGAUAUGAAAUUAUAUGAAAAAUAUAAAUAAGAAAUGUUUAGAGAAAACUAAUAAUAACAUAUAUGAGGAAAUGGAUGAGGUGGAUGGGUCCGAGAAGGAAAGCAGAAGAGGAAGUGCAAAGUACAGGUGUGACCUAUGCAGCCGGUCUUUCUACUAUGAAAAAAGCUACCUGAAACACUUGAAAGUCAGCCACGGAGUCCAGACGGACACCACGUUCCGCUGCGACGUCUGUCAGCAGACCUUCGUCAACCGAUGCAACCUGAAGAUCCACCAGCGUCACGUUCACAAUGAUGAGAGGCUCUUCCCCUGCGACGUCUGCAACAAGACCUUCAAACGCAAGAAGGAUGUGACACGGCAUAAACGGCAAGUGCACGAGGGCGGCACGGACAGGCACUUCUGUCACAUCUGCGGCAAAUCUCUGAGUUCCAAAACGGCCCUUACUCUGCAUGAGAGAACCCACUCUGGACACAAACCCUUCAAAUGCAAUGAAUGUGGAUCCAGAUUCUCCCAGAGUUCAGCGCUCAAGACACAUCAAAGGAUCCACACUGGAGAGAAACCUUUUGCCUGUGACCUCUGUGAAGCCAGAUUUACUCAGAACCAUAUGCUGUCUUACCACAGGAGAUGUCACACAGGUGAAAAACCUUUCAUGUGUGAGAACUGUGGAAAGAGCUUUGCAUCCAAAGAAUACCUGAAACAUCAUAACAGGAUCCAUUCAGGAUUGAGACCUUACAAGUGUGAAACCUGCGGAAGAGCAUUUGCUCAGAGGAACUCACUCCACCAGCAUAUGAAAAUACACACAGGAGAAAGACCCUAUCACUGUAAGGACUGUGAUAAGCUGUUCACUCAGCUCAACGCCCUUGAGAGACAUCAGAGAAUCCACACGGGAGAGAAGCCGUACAUGUGCAGCAUGUGUGGACGAACAUUUACAGACAAAUCCACCAUACGCCGGCACACCAUGACCCAUGACAAACAAACGCCAUGGAAGAACUUCCUGGUUGUUCUGGAGGGAAAUGUUGAAGACAGAGUGAAGAAGCCUAAAGGCUCUUCUCAGAAGAAGGACAAGACUGUCAGUGCUGUUCUUGAACCCCAGAGUCAGAACAGUGACACAGGGAAAACCCAAGAAGUGGUGGCCGUGUCCGGAGAGCCUGUGACCAUUUCUGGAGACUGGGCAGGGCCUGGAACCAUUGCGCUGGUCAGCCAUCCCUUCCCGGGCGACCUCACAGUCAUCCAGACCGAAGUUCCAGUGGGGACACAACUUCAGCCCAUAGUCACCACGGACGGUACCAGCGUCAUCUCUCUGGAUGCAUCUACAGUUGGUUUGCCCGUGACACUCCCAUUUUCUAUCCCCAUCUCUGUUGCACAUUCCUUCACUGUUUCUCCGUCGAUAUCCUGUUCUGUGCCUAUCACAAUUUCCGGUCAUGUUUCAGAAGCCAUCUUCGCUCCAGUGGCAACAGCAGCUUCGUCAGAAACCAAAACCACUAUCCUGACUCCAGUUCCAGUUCCUCUACCUACAUCUGAUGAAUGUGUAAAGGUAGAGUAGACACAGGUUUCAGACUCCCAACAGGAAGUCACAGAGGUCACACAGACUGUAAAUGAUUCAAACAGCAUAGAAAUCUCAACAGGAGAGAAUGCAGAGUAGUUUGAUUCUCAUAUCUGUGGUCUUUGUUUUUGUUCUACACUUUCCAAAAAUAUCAUGUUUGCAUUGCUUUAUCAGCUGUAAAUACUCGUUUGUUUUGUAAAGACAGAUUUCAUAACUCUAUGAAGAAUUAUGUCAAAAUGUCUGAAUUCUGGCAGUCUUGAUUUGGUACAGUAACUGGAGAAAGACAUGUAGAUCAUAUGUAACCCGAAGCGUAUUCUUAGAUCACAUUUGAAAAUUCUGCUCUUUGUUUUACAAUAUCAUAUAGGCAACAAUUUCCUUAGCUUGUGCUUAAGUUUUGUUCAAAGGAUAGGAAAGUUCCCUCAUAAACCAUAAAUUAUUUGCUUUUUGUUGUUUAUAAUGUAUUUCACAGUAAUUCAAGUCGUCAUUUUUAUUUGUAUAGCGCUUUUCACAACACACAUCAUUUCAAAGCAGCUUUACAGAAAAUCAUGCAUUAACAGAAAGUGAAAACUGUAAUAUCUAUGAAGUCUUCGAGUCAUCAUUGUGUAGUUUGAUUAAAUAUGAUUGUAAAUUGUGUAUAAAAAUAAAUAAUUAAAUCAUAAUUGUAUUUAGAACCCCAGUGAGCAAGCCGAAGGCGACUGGUGCAAAGAACACAAAACUCCAUAAGAUGUUGGUUAAUGGAGAAAAAUAACCUUUGGAGAAACUAGGCUCACUGUGGGGGCACCAUCAAUCAUGCCAUGGUCCAAAUCACUGAGAUCAAAUCUUUUCCCCAUUCUGAUGGUUGAUGUGAACAUUAACCUAAGCUCCUGGCCUGUAUCUGCAUGAUUUACUGCACUGCUGCCACACUGUUGGCUGAUUAGAUAAUCGUAUGGAUGAUUGUUGGUGUCAGACGGGCUGGUUUGAGUAUUUCUGUAACUGCUGAUCUCCUGGGAUUUUCACACACAACAGUCUCUAGAGUUUACUCAGAAUGAUGCCAAAAACAAAAAACAUCCAGUAAGCGGCAGUUCUGCGGACGGAAACGCCUUGCUGAUGAGAGAGGUCAACAGAGAAUGGCCAGACUGGUUCAAACUGACAAAGUCUACGGUAACUCAGAUAACCACUCUGUACAACUGUGGUGAGAAGAUAUCAUCUCAGAAUGCUAUUCCGAGAUGCGGGUUGUCGCUGUUUUGGCGGCACGAGGGGGACCUACACAAUAUUAGGCAGGUGGUCUUAAUGUUGUGGCUGAUUGGUGUAUGUAGGCUAUAUUGUUUUGCAAUAACAGCUCACUUAAAAAUCACAGAUUAAUAAAUAUAAAAUGUA